AUGCUCGGGGAGAAUUUCCUUGUGGCCGAGCGAUGGUGGCGAAUUGGCUCUCAUCGAGAGUGUCCAUCCUGCCACAAGCGAUUCUCGCAUUCUGGCUCCUACUCAUCCCAUAUGAGCAGCAAAAAAUGUAUACAACAGAGCGCACCGUCCAUGGUACCGCAGUUCAAUCAUUACCAGUUGAUGAUUUAUCGAAAUUUGCUGAUGCAACUUCAAACACAACAACAAUUCGCCCUUCCCACCGCCACCAUGGACACGAAUCCCUACCUCAGUCUCAUUCAACAGACAAUGUUACAAGGGCUGACGGACAUUUCGUCCACUUCGCCGACGCCCACGUCCCCAUCGUCUUUGCUCUCGUCGUACCUUAAUUCCACUAUGUCGUCCGAAAGCAGUCCACCUCCUCCUGAAUCCUCUCCGGACGACAAAAAGGAGAAGGACAUCAAGCACGACACCUCGAGCGAUGCUGGCGAUGGUGAGCUUGAGGUGGUGGUUGGAAAUGAGAUGAUCAACGAUGCGAAGACAUCACCGCAAGAUUGGCGUCCACUUCGCUCGAGAUCGUUCCUCACCGAUGCCCAGGUGGCAGUCCUGAACACGCACUUCAAGCGAAAUCCGUUCCCUUCCAAGUACGAGUUGUCAGCGGUGGCUGAGCAGAUCGGAGUGAACAAACGCGUUGUCCAGGUGUGGUUUCAAAACACUCGAGCCAAAGAACGACGCGGCAAUCGCCUCCCCCCUCUUGGUCGGAUGCCAUGGCCAUUGACAACGGCCACAACCUCACUUCCACAUCAGAAUGCCGCCCAGAUCAUGUCCGCUUGGGCUCAACAGUACUCUUCCUUUGCGUCUCAGAGUCAAACGGAUGCCGACGAUACGAUGAGCCUGGCGUCGACCGAUUCGAAAAGGAACAACUUCCGGAUAAACAAGUUGGUGGAGGAAGAAGGCCUGUUUGCGUGUGAUCAAUGUGACAAGAUGUUCGGCAAGCAGAGCUCCUUGGCAAGGCACAAAUACGAGCAUUCAGGUACUGUGUGGUUCCAAAACACUCGAGCCAAAGAACGACGCGGCAAUCGCCUCCCCCCUCUUGGUCGGAUGCCAUGGCCAUUGACAACGGCCACAACCUCACUUCCACAUCAGAAUGCCGCCCAGAUCAUGUCCGCUUGGGCUCAACAGUACUCUUCCUUUGCGUCUCAGGCGGAUCAGCAAUCAGCCGAUGAGUCAGCGAAUCAGAAGGAGGAGGAAAGUGUCGUUGACGAUGACAAAUCGAACACCCCACUUGACCUUACGGUGAAAGACGAGGUCGACCAUGACUGGAGCCCUGAAAAGCUCAUCGGUCUUGUUGAUCGUAGCGCUGCCAACCUUCAACAAUUGCUCAAACAGACCACAUCAAGCGAUACGAGCCCGGCUUCAGAAGCACCGGAAUCCGAAGUGACUUCAUCGAUCUGGCCAACGGCCAAUAUGUUCCUCAAUCAAUACAACAUCCUGAAUGUCAGCAACUUGGCUGGGCUCCAGAAUGUCUUUGAGAGUCAAACGGAUGCCGACGAUACGAUGAGCCUGGCGUCGACCGAUUCGAAAAGGAACAACUUCCGGAUAAACAAGUGCGACAAGUGCCUGAAACGAUUCAGUCAUUCCGGCAGCUACAGCCAACACAUGAAUCAUCGUUACUCGUACUGUAAGCCUUACAGAGAGGGUAUGGUAGCAGCGGCGGUGGUGGCGGUAGCCGGUAACGGUAGUGCUGGUUCGGAAAACCCGUCACUAGCCGGUACUCCAAAUCCGACACCUCUCGAAGUACCGCUCAUGGGAACACAGCUCAGUCCUCUGCUCACUCCAGCGUCUCUUGUUUGA